AUGCGCCCCCUGUCCUCCAUGGUUGAAGCAGUUCGUGAUUUUCCUUCACCAACCUACAAGCGUCAGUUGCAGCGAUUUUUCGGCAUGAUCAAAUUUAACCGCCGGUUCCUGCCGAACUAUGCUGACCUCAUGCUGCCGCUCACCAACAUGCUUUCUGGUGCCAAAGGCCUCCUCGAGCUGACUGAUGAAGCACUAACUGCUUUUGAGAGAGUCAAGAAUUCCCUUGCCGACGCCACCUUGCUCACGCACCCUGCCCCCGAAGCUCCGGUGUCCCUGAUGGUAGAUGCUGCGGCCGUAGCCGUAGGUGCAGUCCUUCAACAACACCUUACUAGUUCGAAUCGACCACCGGCCUUUUCCUCCAUAAAGCUUUUGUCGGCUGAGACCCGCUACAUUACCUUUGGCCGUGAACUACUUGCCAUUUACCUGGCUGUGAAGCAUUUCCGGCAUUUCCUUGAAGGUCGGGACUUCAUUGUUUUCAUUGACCACAAACCGUUGACUUUUGCACUUAGCACCCUCUCCGACAAGUGCAAUCCUGGGGGGAUCGCUCACCUGGACUACAUCUCCCAGUUCACCACCGACAUCCGUCACAUUAAUGGCACGAAGAAUGAGGUGGUUGAUAUGCUGUUCGGACCCUCAAUAUCUUCCCUCCAACUCUCACAUGAGAUCGACCUUGGCGCCAUGGCGGCCGAGCAACAAGGAAUCCUGGUGAAGAGUCCGUUAGUGGUCUCCAGCUCGAAAAUGUUUCUCUGGUCACCGGCUCUGGUACCAUACUUUGUGACGUUUCGACUCCUUUCCAUCGCUCUUUUGUGCCUGCCUUGA